AUGUCCGCCCAGGGCGACUGCGAGUUUCUGGUGCAGCGAGCCCGCGAGCUGGUGCCGCAGGACCUGUGGGCCGCCAAGGCGUGGCUCAUCACGGCGCGCAGCCUCUACCCGGCGGACUUCAACAUCCAGUAUGAGAUGUACACCAUCGAGCGGAAUGCGGAGCGGACAGCCACCGCCGGCAGGCUGCUCUACGACAUGUUUGUGAAUUUCCCAGAUCAGCCGGUGGUGUGGAGAGAGAUCAGCAUUAUUACCUCAGCAUUAAGAAACGAUUCACAAGAUAAACAAACCCAAUUCUUAAGAAGUUUAUUUGAAACUCUUCCUGGGCGAAUCCAGUGUGAAAUGUUACUGAAGGUUACGGAACAAUGCUUCAACACUUUGGAACGUUCAGAAAUGCUGCUCCUACUUCUGAGACGCUUCCCUGAAACCGUGGUGCAACAUGGGGUUGGCCUUGGGGAGGCACUCUUAGAGGCUGAGACUAUUGAGGAACAAGAAUCUCCUGUCAACUGCUUUAGAAAAUUAUUCGUGUGUGAUGUCCUUCCGCUAAUAAUUAACAACCACGACGUUCGGUUGCCUGCCAAUUUGCUCUAUAAGUACUUGAACAAAGCAGCUGAAUUUUACAUAAAUUAUGUCACUAGAACAACUCAAAUAGAGAAUCAGCAUCAAGGUGCUCAGGAAACAUCUGAUUUAAUGUCACCGAGCAAACGUAGCUCUCAGAAGUACAUAAUAGAAGGGCUGACGGAAAAAUCGUCCCAGAUUGUGGACCCUUGGGAGAGAUUGUUUAAGAUUUUGAAUGUUGUUGGAAUGAGGUGUGACUGGCAGAUGGAUAAAGGAAGACGAAGCUAUGGUGAUAUUUUGCAUAGAAUGAAGGAUCUCUGCAGAUACAUGAACAACUUUGAUAAUGAAGCUCAUGCGAAAUACAAAAACCAAGUGGUUUAUUCCACUACGCUGGUCUUCUUUAAGAAUGCAUUCCAGUAUGUCAACAGCAUACAGCCAUCCCUCUUCCAAGGUCCCAACGCCCCGAGCCAGGUCCCGCUGGUUCUCCUGGAGGACGUAUCGAACGUGUACGGUGAUGUCGAGAUCGAUCGCAGUAAACACAUACAUAAGAAGAGGAAACUAGCCGAGGGAAGAGAAAAACCCACGAGUUCGGACGACGAAGACUGUUCAGCAAAAGGAAGGAACCGUCACAUUGUCAUCAACAAGGCAGAACUUGCUAACUCGAUCGAGGUGUUGGAGAGCUUCAAGCUGGCCAGAGAGAGCUGGGAGCUGCUCUAUUCCCUGGAAUUCCUGGAUAAGGAAUUUACGAGAAUUUGUUUGGCGUGGAAGACGGAUACUUGGCUCUGGCUGAGAAUCUUCCUCAACGAUAUGAUCAUCUAUCAGGGUCAAUAUAAGAAGGCCAUCGCCAGCUUGCACCACUUGGCAGCUCUCCAGGGAUCACUUCCUCAGCCACAGAUCUCGGGGCAGGGCACCUUGGAGCAUCAGAGGGCACUCAUCCAGCUGGCCACCUGCCACUUCGCUCUGGGGGAGUACAGAAUGACGUGUGAGAAGGUCCUGGAUUUGAUGUGCUCCAUGGUCCUUCCCAUCCAGGAUGGAGGCAAGUCCCAGGAGGAGCCCUCCAAAAUAAAGCCCAAGUUUAGAAAAGGUUCAGAUCUGAAGCUUCUGCCAUGUACCAGCAAGGCCAUCAUGCCCUACUGCCUGCACUUAAUGUUGGCUUGUUUUAAGCUGAGAGCCUUCACGGACAGCAGGGACGACAUGGCGCUGGGCCACGUCAUCGUCCUGCUGCAGCACGAGUGGCCGCGGGGGGAGACGCUCUUCCUGAAAGCCGUCAGCAAGAUCUGCCAGCAAGGGAGCUUCCAGUACGAGAAUUUCUUCAAUUACGUCACAAAUAUCGACAUGCUGGAGGAGUUCGCCUACCUGAGAACUCAGGAAGGUGGGAAGAUCCAUCUGGAACUGCUGCCCAAUCAAGGAAUGCUGAUCAAGCCUUCUAGCCCUCCCAUGGGGUUACUGCAGCAGGAAUUCUUCCCUGUGCUUCAGCCCAGCAUACAGACUGCCGACAGGUACCACACGGACACGCCUGCUCAUAGUGUGCUGUUUGUUGACAUGUCUUACCGCCCAUGGAUUCCAGCUCUUCGUUCCUCGGUGCCCUUUUUUCAUGCUUUAUUUAAUUUUUUAAUUUGUUCCGCAUUCCUUGGCAAGCCAUCUGGUUGUAAUAUUGUUAACAUUUCUUAUUUUUUCCAUAAGUUGCCAGUGUUUUUGUGUUCAAUUUAAAAAUCAUUAUGGAUCUGGAAAUAAGUGAACAUUAUAUGAAAGUGUGUCAGAUUAAGCACACAUCAGAUCAGGCACUGAACUACGACUCUCUUUUCAUAAAGCCUAAGGCAUUUGGUGAUAAAUGUUUAAGGAUAGCGAAACUCAGAAGUAAAUUUUUAUUAUGGGAUUUCCAAAUUCAUGCCCAGGGUUGAGGGUUCGGCCUCAAUGAGCUGGCUUUAGCAGAGUUAUUUUCCUGACACUGACCUCACCUUUCUGAAUUGAAAAUAACUGGUAGGCAGGACACCGCAUUUAUUAACUGGUUUAUCCUGGUCUUAAACCACAAAAGCUAACUCAUUCUCUUCAUCCAAACUUACCAGAGCAAUAGAAACGCUGAUAGAAAUAUAAUUGAGUUGUACUGCUCUUCAUGUAUGGAAACAGUCUGGCCUUGGGCCCAUGCCCAGCGGCACACGGCGUUUUGUGAUUACCAGCAUGAAGGGGAGCCUUUGGUUGGAGGCACCCAUGCCCUUCACUCAGGGUCUGCAAACACCAGUGUCUUUCACUGGGUCAGAGGGCGGGUGCUUAGGGCUGCAGGCUGGGUCCCCCAAGAGCCGCAUCUCAGGGUAGCACAGAGGGGCUGUUUGUGCCCCCAGUGGGGCUUACUGACCCUUUGUCCUCCCUGCCGAGGCCAGCCGCCGGACCCGGCUAGAAGUGUCCACGGAGCCCCGAGUCUGGCCUGGGCUGUGCUGUUGAGCGCUGUGCGGCUCUGUUCGCUGCCCACGGGCGUGUAGAGCGGCCUGUAGUGCAGCACUCUUCUAACCAAGCCUGGGUUUUUUAUUUCCCCUUCUGUUACACUGCAGCUC